AUGCCGCUGCCUAGUCAGAACCAUCUGUAUAGCUACUACGUGGCGCGAUGUGGUUACCACGGAGUGCGCCGGCCGCAUCAGGCAGUACUGUCGCUGUUAGCGGAGGACACCACAUCACAUGCAGAGAGGCUCGCCGGCGAAGCCGCGGAGCGAGGCGUGGCCGUAGCCGACCUAGUUCAGAUCGAGGACAAGGCUGAGGGAACGGCGCGCGCGCGUGAUCGGGCAGCCGUCAUUCCUCUUGCGAGCCAGCGCAUGUUCCGGCUGGUCGAGCCGGGUGGCAAAGCCGCUCUCUCUCUUCUCUAUGUCGGUGCACGUGGCUUCCUGCCCAUACUGGACCUGAUUGCGGAACUCCCACUCGUCGAGACAGUGGAUCUGUCGAAUGUGGCAUCGUGGUACGACAACGACACCUUCGCCGGCUCGACACAAGGCAGCGUUUCAGGAAAUCACGUAGUUGCCCACCUGUGCGCUAUCCUUCCGCGCCUGCGUGCCCUGCGCUCCCUCGACUUGGGCAGCCAGCAGCUGGGUAGCAUUGCCGUCGCCCAGCUGCUGGAAGCCAUCAGAUCGCUGCCUACCCUGGCAUAUGUGCACCUUGACACUACCAACGUCGAUGCGUACCUCGUCCGUGCCUUUCAGCAGACGCUUGAGGAGCGCCAACUAUGCCCACCCCCGCAUAUACCCACCGCCAAGGAGAUGGCAAAGGCUUAUGAGAUUCCUCCCUACAUUAAAGCCCUUCCUCCACUGGAUCGCAAAACACUUCGCGAGCAACAGGUGCUGCGCUCUCUCCUUCGCGAGGACGCCAACUUUACGAAUGCAGCGACGGAGGAGGAGAUGGAUGACAUUGUCCUCACGGCGCGCGUGAUGAGCACAACAGAGGCAGUCUUUCGGUGCGGAGACCAGGGCAUCCGCGGGGACGGCGAACAUCUGUUCAUCCUCAAGAGCGGCAUGUUGCGUGUGUAUGUUGACCUCGAGGGAUUCGUCUUGUCACGCGGCGACUAUUUUGGAGACUCGUACCCCUCCGUGCUGCUGCCGUGUGCGCGGUUGGUGGAAGAGGAGCGGGGUGUUAUGUAUGCCAUUCCACUUUGCUCAUGCACUGUCCUCUUAGCCCACUGGGCAACUCGCCUGACAACUGCGUGGCCAAGGCUGCACCAGAUCCCGCUCACGCAGCCUGUGGGGGCGUGGUCGCUCAUGCGAGCAUGCACAUGCAGCGAGGUUGUCACAUGGGAGCCGACAGACACAAUUGUCGAGGCGGGAGAUGGCGGGGAGGCAAUCUACGUAGUCUGCGACGGCUCCUUCUCCGCGCUGGAUGUUCGUAAGGGUGACGCGGCGCGUUUCAACGCCUGGAACGCGCGAAGUAUGUUUAGUAGCUCCGACGUCUUUGGCAUCGAAGCACUCGUCUCCCGCAAGUGUCAAAGCUCCGUCUGCAUCAAGGCAGGAAAACAGAAGGAUGCACUCUAUCGCACCUUGGUUGUGCGGGGCUGCGCUGUGCGGGUGCUUCACCGUCAACUGCACUCCGUCUUCAUUUCUCUGGUUCGCGGCUAUUCGCUGCAUGAGGACCUCUCUGCCGGCGUCACCACAGGAUAA